GUGCUGAGGGCAAGAAAGUCCCACACUGCAUAGACUUGCUCCAUCAAGCUGCUAAUGCAGAAUAUUUUCUGGAGGCAAUUGGUGCGCCUGUUGCUGGCCAGAAUUGUGGACUAAUAAGGGUUAACUGCUCUCCCUAUCUCCCCCCUCCCUGUGCUUCUGUCAGAGACCUGCUUUGCUCUCCAGCCAGGCUGGGCUCAGCGCUCCAGCAGCUGCUGACAGUGAGCCGAGCCAGGUCCUGGGGUCAGGCAAAGCACGGGUGAAGGUGCACAGCCCCCCAGGAGCUCCAGAACAGAAAGAGCAGCAGCCAGAGCUCCGGAGGUUGCAGAGCUACAUUAGCUGGAAAUAACCUUCAAAAAAUAUCAAUCUAACUAAAUAUCAAAACUGUUCUCCUUUUCUUGAAAGACAACAAGCCGUCUAGCUACGAUGCCUAUUGAGGAGCCAUAUGGAAAAAACAGUUCUGUCCUGCUAAACUGGUUGCACAGUUUUGUUUUUCAUCUGUCUACAGAGAUCUGAAAACUCCAUGUUGUUUUAUUCUAUGCUUUUUCUGCAAAGAAAGCGAGUGAACAGGGGCUCAUCUGGCUAGAAGCGCAAUAGUACUGAAGAUGUCCUGUGUCUGGUUUUACCUGCCCCUCUGCCUUCUCGCAGCUGCUUGCCUGUGUCAUUCCCUUAAAGCACCCACUGCCAGUUCUCAACAGAACUUCAAGAGUGGUCUCUUCAACUUCUAUCACUCCUUAAUUCUUGCUGAUGGUAAGGAAACUACAGUUCAUCUACUGAAGGAUAUUCCUAAGAGGUAUUACUUCGUUUUGGAGGAAGACAGAGCUCCUGUACCUUUCACAAUAACAGUGACCCCUUGUGAUGUUCCCAUUGAGUGGAGCAUACUUGUGCACAGGGCUUCAGCAAAUUUGCUUGGGAAAGCAGCACAAGGUCUGCGUUUUCUUGCAGGGGAUCUCGAUACCCAAGAUGUCUCAAGAAUCCAGAAGGCUACAAGCAUGGUAACCACCAUUUUCAGCUACAAGGGAAAUUCAGUGGAGACUUAUGUGGGUAUGUCCUCUCAGUCUGCCCUCUAUAUACUAGAGUUCUUAUCCACCGAGCGUGACACACACAUCACUGUGUACUUAACAACUGACACCACAUCUGGGCACCUCUAUCCAGAACUUCCACUGGAUCCACGCAUAGAUGUGAUUGGCAUUGGCCAUACAACAGUGACUCUGACAUGGAAGCACAGUCCCUCUGCCUUGCAACACAGAGACAACAUCCAGUACUGUCUUCUAGUUAAUGAAAAGCACAAUUAUAAGAGCUUGUGUGCUGCUGAGACAGCAAUCAGAUUCUCUGGAAUGAAAACACCACGAAAUUUAGCUUUGUCUCUCUCUCCAUACCUUCUUGAACCACAGCAGGUAAUGAUAUUAUCCAACAGUGAACUGAGCAUCAUCAACAAAGUGCACAGUGGGGAAGUCAGGCAGAUAUGCAUGGGUACCAAGAACACAUAUACAGUGCCCAGCCUCAGUCCCAACACUCAAUAUUAUUUUGAUGUUUUUGUUGUCAAUCUCCUCACAAAUGCCAGUGCUGCUUACACUGGGACAUUCGCAAGAACUCUAGAAGAACCUGAGCCUAAGGUGAUGAAACUGAAAGAUGGGAAGGCAGUUCAGGUUGUUCUGGAGGGGAAAAAGCAGAAAUUGUACAGUCUGCAGUACCAAGCGAGGCACAAGAAAGUACAGUUUGCCUUCCAGUUGUGCCGUGGUCAAGUACAGGUUGACAUAACAAAAAAUGGUAAAACAGUGGCAUCAGAGAACAUUCUAGGAUUGAGGUACUUGUCACUGAAGGGAAAGCCACUGGACGUGUACCUGGUACAGCUGAAGUCCACAGAGGAAUCCAGCUCUGCUGUGAAAGUGCAGGUCUCCCCCCAUUACCACAAGCCCUUAUUCCCACUUCUUCCAGAGAGCUUAAAAAUCAAGUCUUUCAGUAAACUGAGGACUUGCAACUCCGUCACCAUUGCUUGGCUAGGAACACAAGAGCAGAGCAAGUACUGUGUGUACAAGAAAAGGAUUGAAGAAGAUCAAGUCUGGAUGGAACUGCAAAAUACAGACACUUGUUCUGGACCUGAGUCUCGGCGCAAGUCUGAGAAAGUGCUGUGCAAGUAUUUCUAUGACAUAAAUCUCCAGCGAGCUGUCACCACAGAGACCAUCAAAGGGCUGGAUGCAGGGACACUGUACUUGUUUGACAUUUAUCUCAUUGGGCCAUCGGGCAUCCCUGUCAGAUACCACAGCAAAGUCGUGAAGACAAGGAAAAAAUGUUGAAAGUUGUUCAAGAAACUUUUUGAAAUGAGUGAAUGAAGACCAAAACCACCAGUGAUCCAUAUCAUAGCCCAUGCAGUUUAAUACAUGAUAAAAAUAUUCUAAAGCCAUGAUAUUCUGUAGAGGGAUUUUCUUACUUUAGAUCAUUACACUUUUGCAUCUUCUCCUGCAUGUGUCUUUUCUCCUCCCCUCAGCUGCCUCAUUGAGAUAUCAUGAGCAUGACAUUCAUGCACACAGAAAUAAAAUACUUACAGUGGCACCCAUAAGAAAUAGAUGGGUUACUCAAAAUGCUUCUGAAAUACAACACAGGAAAUGUCAAAAACCUCUCGAGAAGCAUCAUUAUUUUUAAGUCCCAGUUUUCCACUGCGUGCAAGUCCAUUAGCUAAUGAGGAAAUGAGAAAACCCCAAGUCGAGCUGCAUUGGAGUAAACAAACUUCCCUGCUGCUUGAACAGUUUGCAGGGAUAGAAGAAAUAAAGUCUGUGGAACUGUUACUGAGGUGGCACAACUCAACAGCUCAGGUAGAGCAGGCUGAAAUACCUUCUCUAUUACCUGCAUGCUAGCUUGACUUUUAUCUUCAUAGAUAAAUUGUUAUUGGUUAGAAAGGGCCAAAACUCCAGUCAGGACUAGUUCCUAAUCCAGUUUUGCUGGGAGCAUGCACAGUGAUGUGCUGCUACCCACUGAGGAAAUAACAAAACAAAAGCCUUUCUAUGGCAGUAUUCCUUUAUAUAUAGCCCAUGUUAUCAAGCCUAAAUCCAUCUGAGUGACUACUCAGAGUCAUGCACUUGCUCUUGACAUCCCCCAACCCAGCCUGUAUCAAUUAAUGUGGUGCUUUAGGAAAAAGUGUUCUUUUUAUUUUUAAUAUCAAGAAUGAAGAAAUAUUUGUAGUACAGAGCCUGACAAACAUGUUUUCUGUUGUCUGCUUCCUUGAUUACCUUCCUCAGAUGACACAAGAGAAAAAAAAUAUGAAAAAAAUUCAAAAAAAUAAAAGUCUUCAUAAGAAAAUGCGUUGAAUUUCAAUUAUCAGCAGAAAAUCAUUUGCAUGAAGGCUGAUGGCAGGUCUGGAAUUUAUGGAUAAAGAAUAUAAUAGAGUGACUGACCAAAAGCUUGCUAGAGAAACCUUACCUGCAAUCCUUUCCUCUGUAAUUAUACUGCACAAAAAUAAGCAAUUAAUUACACUAUCGUACAUUUCAAAAGUUCACUUGCUAUCCAGGUCCAAGGUUGUAUCUUACUCUGAAGAAUUACCACCACCAAACACACUUGGAGGCACUCAGUAAGGACAGAAUCACUCCUCUGCAUACAGAGGAGCAAUUAAACAUUUCUUGCUCCAAAGACUUUAUAAAAUCAUGCUAAAGGGGACAUUCACUCAGCCUCUGUGUGAUGCAUCCUGUACAUAAGCAGACUCAGUCACAGAAGGGUUCCAGCCUUUCCAUGUGAUUAGCAGCAAUGCCUGGGCCUUGACUAGGCUUUAUAUUCCUGCUGACAGGAUUCUGGAUUGAGCAGCACUGCAGCAGGAACCAUGUUCUGACCUCCUUCUAUAUUCUACAGGCCUUUUGGCUAAUUACAGUGGCUGGCAGCUGCAUUGCAUUUUUCCAGGGCAAGCCUUCUCUUCAUUUCACUCCUGUCAAAAAUGAGUCUCAGCUCAAAGAGCAACAGAACUCACCUCCACUUGGAAGUCUGAAAUACUUUUUUUUCUGUCUUUCUCAAUGUCAGGCAUUUAUAUUCUGGAAGAAGUUCGUUUAGAUGUCUGACAAAUAACUAAUAACAAGAAUAAUAAGAACAGGAAGAUAGCUUAGCUGCACAUACAAAAUACUGUGCGUCUACAGCCCUUAGCCCAUAAUAGCAUUAACCCUUGCUUUAGUCCUCUAUAUGUGUAUCACAGCAAUGUCACUGGAUGAAGACAGGCACACUGGCAUGCUACCUGAUACCCACACCUCUACCGAAGAGUAUCCUUCAUGACAAAGCUGGUUUGAGACUUCCCAGCAAAGCCUUGGCUAUGACACAAGCAGAGCAACUAUCAGUGGUUAGGGGGCUGCUGCUGGGCUCUCGCUCACAGGAGCUGCCACCCAGUUUCUCUACAAGCAGAAGUCCUGCUCACAGGAGACACAGCUGGGCUGUGGAGAGGAACGUGCUGCUCUGCCAAAACCAAACAACUCUGUUAUAAACAGAACAGACAGCCUGCCUCCAGGGUAACAGCCCACACUGCCCACAUGUGCAUCCAGGCAUGGUCUGUAGCACAGAGUGCAGCAAGGAAUAAUAUUCCAUUCCACUGGUCUUUCCACUGUGAUUCUGCUUGUGUGCGCCAGUCUGCUGAGCUGUCAUUAGUUCACUCAUGCUUACAGCCUGCCUACAAAGCAGCUCUUGGGUGCUCAGGUUUAAGCCAGGUGCCACUUUGCUCACUGCUGUUCUGGUAGUGAAGGCACUGUCUAACAGUGUUGGUACCCCUCCUGCCCUUACCAACAGCUUGUUGUGCAGUUCCCUGCCCUCAGCAU